AUGGCUACUCUGUCUCCUGAUGAGGUCAGGUCUCUCGACCAAGCAAGGCAACGACUCCUGGCUCUUCACACCUCGCUAAUUGCCCUUCGAUCAGACAUCGCGGCCCAGAGCCAACUCCCGUCCUGGCCUGCAUUGCAGACCCAUGCCAAUCUGAUCUCAAACAAUUUACAAACCAUCGUCGCACAGCUGUCAGAGCACCGCGAUACGUUCCAAUCCACUGUCGCUUAUCCACUGCCUCAGUUUCCCGCGAAGGAACGCCAUUUCAUCCUUGAGACAUUACUGCGAACGAAACUAGAACCCAAUGUGGAAGACUGGGUAGAAGAAGGCGAGAAUAUAUCGGCGCGACAGCACAAAAGUGCCCAACAAGGGCUAUCCGAUGAAGACCGCAACUCUCUUUGGCGGUGGGCUCCAGGUGCUGCGAAUAAGGAGGCACGAAGACAAAAAUGGGGUGCCGAUUUUACGUUGGAAGAGAAGCAACAUGGAAUAGAAGAUGUGAUUACGGGCCUGCGGAGGGCGUUAGUGGAGCCACCAGAUGAAGAAGGCGAUGAAGAGCAGGAAGAGGAAGAAGAAGAGUAUGAGGUUACUGAUGAUGAAGAUGAAGACAAAAUGGAAGUGGAACAAGCCAAACCCGAGAGCAUACCCCAACAAGCUGCUGGAGAGAUUCCACCCGCUACGUUGACCGUAAACCAGAUGCCGUUUCAAACGAUACAUAAGUUUAUGACGACAGGACGAUGA